AUGGCGGACUUUGGUCCCAGGGCCCCCCAUGGGCCUGACAUGACGGGCACCCAUGACCCGCUCGUCGACAUGCGGCUCCACGAGAAGGAGGCUUUCGAUGCGUUCAUCCGUCCAGACGACUCGUACACGCCGGAGGGAGUCUACUGGGCCGAUCUGCCGCUCAUGAAGAAGAUCCAGUUCGUCACCGCGGUCGACAUGGAGGAGUCCAAGAAGGAAGCUUCUUCCUUCUGGGAGAUGUUCAAGAACGAUCCCCUGGCCCCGGUUGGCUUCUACUUUAAGAACAUGGUCCUGCCCGGUGCAGGUCUCGGUUUGGAAGGAUACGUGCUCUUCUCCAUCGGGAAUAUCAAGCCUCUCUUCCAAAAGGCGUUCCCGGACUGCUGGAAGAGCCAGAAGAUCUGUGACCCCACCUGGCUUGCGGCUGUUGAAUACCUUGAGAUUUGCGGUAUCAUCGUUGGUCAGAUACUGGUUGGUAUCCUGGGUGACUGGAUUGGUCGUCGAUGGGGUCUGAUUCAAGAUGCAGUUAUCAUGUUGCUCGGUCUUAUCAUGCUCACUGCUGCCUGGGGUGUCACCCAGAACGGCUGGGUGAUCUGCUACGUCUGGUCUCUCUUCUUUUACGGCAUCGGUGUCGGUGGUGAAUAUCCAAUGACGGCCACUUCUGGUAUGGAGAACGCGGUUGGGUCGGGCAAGAUUUCCACAAAGGAAGAUCGUCUUCACCGUGGCCGCAAAGUCACGUCUGCGUUCCUUAUGCAGGGAUGGGGUCAGUUCUUCAACCAGGCCAUCCUCAUCGUCCUCCUCCUCAUCUUCCACCACGGCAGCGGCAACCCGCCAUACUCAACCGUUUCUGCCCAGUGGACAUACCGUGUCUCCUUUGCCAUCCCUGCCAUUGGCACUCUCUGGCUUGUCUAUUACCGAUACUAUAAGAUGCGCGCUGCAAGCAAGCAGUUAGCCAUCGCCAAGGCCAAGUCACGCGUCACUGGUUACGACACCGAGUCCCUGCGCCUUACCUUCAAACACUUCGGCUUCCGUCUGCUUGCCACUGCGGGUACAUGGUUCGCCAACGAUGUCUUCUUCUACGGUAACAAACUGUUCCAGUCUGAGUUUAUCAGCGUCAUCUCCCCACACACCACUUCCGUCAUGCCAGGAUGGCUGUACAACCUCCUUAACGUUGGAGUUUCCCUCUGCGGUUACUACCUUGCUUCCUUCCUGAUCGACAACAAACUCUAUGGCCGCAAGUGGAUGCAGAUCAUCGGUUUCUUGAUGGAUUUCAUCUUCUUCAUCAUCCCGGCAUUCAACUUCGAACACUACACCUCCCCUGAGCACAUCAAGGAAUUCCAGGCCAUGUACUUCCUUUCGUCUUUCUUUAAUCAAUUCGGCCCUAACUCUGUGACCUUCCUUGUCGCUGCUGAGGUUUUCCCCACCCCCAUCCGAGCCACAGCCCACGGAUUCGCGGCCGCUAUUGGCAAGCUUGGCGCUCUUACCGCGGCGAUCAUGUACAACUACAUAAGCACGUCACAGAAAUUCCACGUCGUCCCUUGGUUCGGUCUCGCCGGUGUCAUCCUCACCUAUCUCUUCCUCCCCGAUACCACCGGCCUCGACCUGAAAGAACAAGAACGACGAUGGUUCUACAUCCGCCAGGGUAGAGAAUCUGAAUACCACGGCCCCGCUGUUCACCCUAAGCAUCUAUCUGUCUAUGAGCGCUGGAUGGGAGUAGGCAAAUACUACGACCCAGAGGCCGACUACAAGCAAAAAGUUGCCGAGAUGCGACAGGAGUGGACUGCCGCUCAGGCACGCAAAACUGAUGAGAAGGGCGGGUUUGAUCAUGAUGAUCACCACGACUACGAGCAUGUCCAUGAUGACGUACACAAGUACUUUGAGCGCACCAGCCCGAUGAUCUUGGGACGCGAAAAGAAUGUCCCAAUAAACGAUCAGCUUCCUCCGGCCCACGACAGUGGCAGUGACGAUGUCGUCGAGCAACAUCCUCACCAAGAGUAA